GAGAGAGAGAGAAGGAAAAAGAGGGAGAGAGAAUCGUAGCGAGAGAGUGGAGAGUGGAUCGUGAGAAAGAACAACGCGACCAGAGCGAACGGAGAUUAUAGCGAAUCAGUGUGAGUUUAACGAGGAUAGAUGGAGAAAAAGAGAGAGAAAGAAAGAAGAAGAAACGUGAGUUCCAUUGAGAUGCGUAUACAGAGAUAUAUAUAAAUAUAGAUAAAUAGAUAGAUAGAUAGAUAUAUGUAUACACAUGCGCAACGCGAAACGUGUGAGUGUACUUGGCUUGAUUAUCGUCGUCGUCCUCGUCGUCCUCGUCGUGAAUGCAUCCUUUUCCGGCCCGAAGCUUUCGGGACAGUGAGAUAUACUUAGAGAAGUUCCGGAAGCGACUUGACAGAGUCUGAAAGAGGGAGACACAAAGAGAAAUUCCCUCCCGCGGAUGAUCACUCGUGGGCAGCUACGUGUCGUCGCCGUCGCCGUCGUCGUCCGUCGUGCAUAUCUUUUCUCGUGAACUGUGAUUCUUUGUGCCGCUCGUCGAGGGAGGUGGAACAGUGAUCUCUGCGACGAGACGGGAUAAGACAGACAGGCAGGAAAAAUGAAGCUCGACUUGGACCGGGAGAAGGGCCUCGAGCUCUUCGGCAAGCUGAUACGUACAAAGAACAUUGAAAGUCUGCAGGGUGAUCAGCCCAAAACCGGUCCCGAGCCACUUCAUCCAGCCGACUCCAAGCAGAAAUUACAGAAGUGCCUGACGACUCUGGACCUGACGUCUUUAGGAGUUGGCUCCUGCGUCGGGACAGGGAUGUACCUUGUCGCAGGAAUGGUGGCGCGCAGCGUUGCCGGACCUGGUGUCGUCUUCUCAUUCAUUAUCGCAGCCAUUGCUUCCAUUUUUUCCGGGGCGUGUUACGCCGAGUUUGGAGUACGAGUGCCUCAUACGACCGGCAGCGCUUAUAUGUACAGUUACGUGACAGUAGGCGAAUUAAUAGCAUUCAUUAUUGGAUGGAACAUGGUGCUGGAGUACCUUAUAGGUACGAGUGCGUGUGCGUGCGCCCUUAGCGCCUGCCUGGAUGCGUUGGCGAACGGUGCUAUUUCCGGGGCGAUAGCCAACAGCGUUGGCACCAUACUCGGACGGCCGCCAGAUUUUCUCGCGUUCGUCAUCACGAUACUUAUGAUGCUGCUAAUGGCGGCAGGGGUAAAGAAGUCACUGGUGUUCAACAACGUGCUGAACGCCAUCAAUCUCGCCGUUUGGGUCUUUGUCAUGGCGGCGGGCAUGUUUUACGUGGAUUCCAACAAUUGGUCCGAGCAUGGCGGUUUCCUCCCCUAUGGCUGGAGCGGGGUUUUCACCGGCGCGGCAACGUGUUUCUACGCCUUCAUUGGCUUCGACAUAAUAGCCACCACCGGCGAGGAGGCGACAAAUCCGAAGAGGAGUAUUCCCCUCGCCAUAGUCUCGUCGUUGAUCAUAAUUCUCGUCGCUUACGUCACCAGCAGCAUGGUCUUGACACUGAUUGUUCCAUACGAUCAGGUUGAUCAGGAUUCGGCGUUGGUGGAAAUGUUCGGCCAAGUCGGAGCCUACAAGUGCAAAUACAUCGUCGCAGUCGGUGCGCUGGCAGGCCUGACGGUCUCCAUGUUCGGCAGUAUGUUUCCGAUGCCUAGAAUAGUCUACGCGAUGGCUCAGGAUGGCCUUAUAUUUCGGAGCCUCAGCCAAGUUUGGCCGGCGACUGGCACUCCCGCAAUUGCGACUUUAAUUUCCGGCAUGUGUGCAGCUAUCGCUGCGCUGUUGAUCCAGCUGGAAGUAUUGGUGGAAAUGAUGUCGAUCGGUACCCUGCUGGCGUACACUCUGGUGUCCACAUGCGUGCUGAUAUUGCGAUAUCAGCCGCAUUCGACGAAUUUGAUCGAGUUGCUGCCGCAGAGCUUGCGGACGCCUUGUCGAUCGCCCACGAAGGAAACGCAGGGGAAUGGCCAAGUGACUUACGGCAAGGAGCUUAGGCCUGAUCAGCUUACAACCGCAUUGAACUCGGUACAGACGUCCCAGUCGGAGCUUACGACCACCAACAACGGGCAGCGUAUCACGGUGCGGCGGGUGAGGAGGUGCAACAGCUCGUCACCAGAUUCGGAUGACACAUACGGCGGUGAGGAGGACGAGGUGGGAUUGGGUAAGGACGAUCAGUAUCUCGUCAGCGACAGAACGGAGAAUAAAUUCUACGGUAGCGUGCAUGCGGCUGCGGCUGCCUCGAGUUGCGGUAGCGCUCAUCAGUAUCCCGGAAACACGCCAAUCAUAGGGCCACCGUUGAAUUAUCUACAGCGUCGAUUGCAGGCGGCGCAGUACCUUUGUCCUGCUAUAUUCCCGUGGGUGGACAGAGGUCCUGCGACAGAGGCGUCAGGACGUUACGUUAUGAAGCUCGUUGGGAUCUUAUACGUCUUGAUCCUUAUUUUUGACUUGAUUAUCGUCUGUGGGAUGGGUAACAUGGGAACAUUUACAACGAUAUUACUAUUCUUAUUUCUCUUUGCCAUAAUUGGUAUACUUCUUGUCAUCAGUAGAAAGCCGCAAAAUAGGAGCAGCGUAAUGUUCAUGACUCCAGGCUUACCCUUCGUUCCCGCGAUCGCCGUUACCGUUAACAUUUAUCUCAUCUUCAAGCUCAGCAUCCUCACCUUGGUCAGAUUCACAGUCUGGAUGACUCUCGGUUUCAUCAUGUACUUCCAGUACGGUAUCAAGAACAGUAGUCUGGAGGAGGCGAACGCGUCGGAGAAUGUUGACGACGUCGUCGUCGGCGGUACGGCCGGCAACAUCGAGUUGACCGUGACCGAGCACCAUCAGCGGCAACAGCAGAAGCAGUAUUCGCCAGACCACAGCAUUUACGAGAGCCAACAGCUGGACGCGUUUGGCCAGCCGGUGUUUGGCAGCACGAAUUUCGGCGGCACGCCGAACCAGCAGCAGCAUAUCGGCAUUGGCGGCCAUCAACAGAGGCAAACGGGGGCGGUGGGAAGUGGCCGCCGCAUCGACCAAACCGCGUCAACGACGACGGGCAAGAACCUGUUCAUCGAUCAGGAUAGCUUCCCCACCUGGGACGAUUGAGGAGCACCGCGCGCGGUACCGAGAACGGAUAUUAAUGUAUACUUAACACACGAAUAGAAAUGGGAAGAGAGAUAUUAUUACUACUACAUACAUCUGGUAACACGUUUGCGCGCGCGCGUGCGACUAGUAUCGGGCGAUUACCGGUGAAAUUAGACUCCUCGGAGAUUGCGGCAGUUUUGAGCUCAAACUUGGAGGGUUGCACGAAGUGCAGCCUUCUUUCAACACGUAAUGAGC